ACAGUUGAGCGAGUAUGCCUCAUCCAGGGAACAUUGGAAGGCGUUACUCGAAUGCACAACUAUAUUAUGGAUCGAAUGUUAGAAAAACCGGAAUGUAUGGGUGCGACGGUAGCCCCUGGCCCGAGCACCGGACCUGCGGGAUCGAGUUUUCGCCCCGCGUGUCCCGGUGGACUCGGAGAUAUGACGCAGCAAACGGGUGCCGCGGCAGUUACUACGGCUGCCACUACCACUAGUAGUGCUACGCCAGUGGGUGCUGGUUCUGCAGGGACCAAUUCAGUGUGGCCUCAAACUUCCUCCAUGCCGGGAAGUCGCUUACCUUGGGGUCGACAUCAACAAGUGAAAAUACUUGUGCCAAAUUGUACGGCUGGUUUGGUGAUUGGAAAAGUGGGUGCGUAUGUGAAGGAGAUCAAGGAUCGAACCGGAGCUUUCAUCCAGAUUUCACAAAAAUCCAAAGAGAUCAAUUUGUUGGAACGAUGUAUCACCAUUGCAGGCGAACCAGAUCAGUGUCGCGCAGCAGUGGCUCUCGUUUUGGCCAAAAUCGCGGAGGAUCCGCAAUCCACCAGUUGCCCCACAAUUUCCUACUCUCGUGUACAAGGGCCCGUGGCUAGUGCUUACCCUACCGGAUCACCGUUUGCGUUCGCCUCGUUGCCCAGAUUUCCUGCAACUGGGCCACCAGGAACAGCCGGUCCGACCCCAUCGCAUUUGGUCCGUGAUAGCGUUGUCUCAGGCACAGGUUUUCUACCUAUUGUGGACCCAUAUACGUCACCGGUUUUACAUGCUGCUCUGCUUCAAGCCACCGCGUUAGCAGCCAGUUUUAAUCAACGCGGAACCGGUCCUGGCUAUUAUCCCGGAGCGUGUAUGACCACCUCACCGCCACCAGUUCCACCUCCCGCUCAAGGGGCUCAGCAAACAUCAGCACCUCCUCAACAGCCAACGGUGCCUACAGCUCCUUCUGGUCAACCCCAAGUACCUGCAGGACCUACGGCUGGUCCAAGUCAGUCCGCUACGGGACAGACGGCGCCUGGAUUCAGUUCACAUGAACAGAACCCUCAGGGACCAGAACUAGGAUUGUAUGCAGCCGUUCCGAAUGCUGUAGCAGCUGCGGCGGCUGCACAGCUUCUCAGCAGCGGUGGUGGUGGAUUAUGGUCAGCUGCAACUGGGCCGACGGCAGGCGGUGAAGCUGCUUGGACUCCUGGGGAGACGCAAAUUCCCGGAUUGACUGCUGCUCAUGCUACAUACGAAGCAUCUUAUGCACCACAAAUGAAUUUUGCAUACUAUCCAGCCAGCCAGUCCGCAAUCUUAGCUUCACUUGCGUCUCGACAUCCGGGUGAAGCGGCUGCUGGUUUCGCCGGAGGUGGUCCUCCAUCAGCCGGUCCUGAGUUUUAUCCAACCUCACCGCCAUACGCGGCUGCCUCUGUACAGUUCGCUCCACCGGGUUCCACCCUGCGAGUUACCAGUUCGGGCACAACAGCAGCGGCUCAGCUGGCCUCAGUCUACCCAGCCGCUCUAGCGCCCACCACCACACCCCAAACCUCUCUUCUCCCAAUGGGUCCAGAUAGAUUACCAACGGGAUUGGGUGGUGCGGGGGGUCAACCGGCCGCGCAAGCCAUUCAGUUGGGUGACCUGUUUAGCUCCUUACGGUUGGGUACCGGAACUGCACAAGCAGCUGCUGCUGCGGCACCGUAUACGGAUUUUAGUCCGGCAGAGUUCGGUCAGGCUUUUGCUGCCACCCUCUCACAACAUGGCUUGUUGAAUGUGCCCGGACUUGGAGCUUACUCUCUGCUCACCGGUUCCGCUCCGCCUAUGUCUUCUGCUGGUGCGAUGCCGAUGGGGCCAAUAGAUGGGUCCAGACCUCCGCCGGUUGCGAUGGCACCAAACAGGGUUGUCGGGGCACCAGCAGGUGUUGGUGUUACCAUCGGUGUGUGCGGCCCCACUCGAGACACAUAUGUUUAUGCCACAUCUCGUCCCCGACCUCCGUUGGAUCAAGACACAGGCGCACAUUAUUCAUCAUCCGGUCAGUCACAGUCGCAGCAACAACAAUCACAACCGCCCACACUGACGGUCAAACGACGCGGUAUAAACACAGUCCCGGCUGGUGUUUCCGAUACCGGCUCUAACAGUUUGCGGCAGUCGGCCACAACGGAACAGCUUGGUGCAAAUGGUAAACUGCAUUUUCGUUAUCUGUUUCCCUAUUGUAAACACAAUGUGUAUAUUCGCACAAGCACGGUUUCAGCCAUUCGCAGUUCACCCACCUCAGAAGACAGUCGCGCAGAAGAGACUGAUCAGCCUAUUUCCGAUCCAAGUGGUUCCGAUCCGUCCAAUCGGGCCCCUCGUGAUACUCCGGGUUCGACAAGCCCGUCCAGACAGUCCUCAUCACCCCCAGCUCCACCUGGGAUUCGACAGACAGAUUCGGCAACACGGAGCGCUUCAACCACCACCACCACCGCGAUGGUGGAGACCACUGUACCCCAGAUAUCAACCACCACAAUGGCGCUAGCACCACCGACCUCAGUGACGACUACCGGUAAUCGGCGCGCUGCCAAACAGGCGCUUAAUGGUUGUCCAAUCACUGCGGCACGCACACCGAAUGGGGUUAGAAAAUGA